AAAUCUCAGUUAAACUAAUCUAAAGCAAAUACUAAUGAUUUCAAUACUAGACACUACUAAUUUCUCAUUUCAUUCACAUGUCGUGAUACUUAUGAUAUUAGAAGACUCAUGAAAGUCUAUCAAAUAAGAGAUAAUUCAGCGGAUUAUAUUUUUAAUUAAAACUUUAUCACUUUAUUUAUGUUUUAAUUGCACUCAAAUCAAAACUGGAAAUUUCCUGUAAUCACCACCAAAGAACAAAAAAAGAGCAAAAAAAAAGAGAAAAAAAGAGGGGGGUGGGGGGGUGGGGAAAUUUCUUUGGAUGGGUGUGCUGAUCAAUUGUUGGGUGUAUUUAUUUAGAAACUGAAAAAACCUCCACCUACUAGGCUACUACAUCGACCAGGAUGACGUGGCAACCUAGAGGGGAGGGAAAGAGAAGAAAAAGAGCAGGAAAUAAACGAGAUGAUGUUGACAGCGCUGACGCGUGAAAAUUUGUCUGCUUGAUUCUCCACUGAGAUCAUCACUCAACUCUUAAACUAAAACUCCAACUUCGAACUAAUGGGUUUACAGACAGAUAAAGAGACGAUGAAGAAAGGCAAGGAAGUUGUGGUUUCAAGCCCUAACACCAACGACGAUGACGACAACCUUAAUAUCAGCGAAGGAGACUUAGACGGCGACAAUAAUCAUAACAGAGGAAGUGGCGUCUCUUUUACUUCCGUUAGAUUCUCUUCUCGCAACACUUCCUCCAAAUACGACUUUGUCAAGGUUCUUCAUUUUAUUGUUACCCAAAGAACAAAGGUCAAGGUGUGGUUGGGCGAUAAUGCAGAUCACUACUACGUGCUUUCCAGAUUUUUGCUCAGCCGAAUGUUAACUGUCACUAAGAUCCCAAAUUAUGUAGCUAUUAAAAUUGCUUUGGAGCUCAAGAAGCUGCUAAUAGACAACAGCCUUCUAGAUGUCUCGCAGUCUGAUUUGGAAGCCAAUUUGUUUAAGCUUAUGGAACGAAGGGGUUAUGGGGAGGAGUACAUAAACCGGUACAAGAUGAUGACGAGAUUUCACCAUCAAAGAGUGCCAUUAGUUAUUCUUGUAUGUGGAACUGCCUGUGUUGGAAAGUCCACCAUUGCUACCCAACUUGCACAAAGGCUAAAUUUGCCUAAUGUCUUGCAGACAGAUAUGGUAUAUGAAUUGCUGCGCACAUCAACAGAUGCACCAUUGACGUCUACUCCUGUAUGGGCACGAGACUUCAGCUCCUCUGAGGAGUUAAUUACUGAAUUUUGUAGGGAGUGCAGGAUUGUUCGUAAAGGAUUGGCUGGUGAUUUGAAGAAAGCUAUGAAAGAUGGAAAGCCAAUAAUAAUAGAGGGAAUACAUUUGGAUCCAAGCAUUUAUUUAAUGGAAGAUGAAAAUAAAACACAAGCUCAUGGGCAAGAGAAAAUUCAAGAGGCAGAGUCCCUUGCAGCAGAUGGUUCCAAAACACACAUGGAAAACGAUUCUCCAAGUAUAAAUGGAAAUCCUUCUGAAGUUAGCAACAGUACUGCGCAUGUCAGCUCUAAUGAAGGGACACUGGUUAACAAGGUGAACGAAGUCUCAGAUUGCCUGGAAGCUUUUGACCUAGCGGAAAGUGUUUCUGAGAAUAAAGGUGGAAGUCUUACUGGUCCAGAGAUGGAUAAAAGUACUUCUGUUAAGAAAGAGAAGUCUGGUCCCGAACCAGUAAUUAUACCUCUAGUUUUGAAGAUGGCUGAAUUUGAUCAUAAGGCAUUACUAGAGGAGGGGAUCUCGACUCGUACAUUUAGUGAUAAAUGUAUAGUCCAGGAUAAAGAUAAGCUAAUAAGAAACUUAAAGACCAUCCAGGACUAUCUAUGCUCAUUCAAUUCGCAGGGUUUGACAGUUGUCAAUAUAUCAGCAACCACAUUCCCACAAACAUUGGAUUGGCUGCAUGGAUAUCUUCUUGAGUGCAUUGAACAUGGCAUUUCAUCAGUAUCCAACGAAAAUAAUAGGCGGCCUGUGGAAAAGUAGAUUGCAUUCAGAUGUUAGAUGAAGGAAGCUGUCUUUCUGAGGUUGGGUUUUUAGAUGAAUAACCCUGUGUUAUGGUUCUCAUAGAGCUGAAGAAAAGAACCAGUUAGGGUUAUGAAAUCAGCAACCGGCUUGAUGUUAAGAUCAGAUGUGGGAAAACAAAAUGGAGAACAAAUACUUAGAAGAACCUUGCAGCAGCAGCAGCUUGUGAAACAAAGUUUUUACUUACAUGGCAUAAUUUACAAAAUUCGAUCCUAUUGGAUUCCGCCGACUAAUAUCCGGCCUCAUGUAUUGCACCCGACACUUCUCCAAAGUUCAGCCCGUCGAUACGAGAUACCAAAUUAUGGGGCUCAGGAGAAACUUGCUGGCAUGCAAACUCAUUUAAUAAAUUGUUGUCUUCAUAGUGUUCGUUUGUGUAACUUAAGAAAGCCCAUCUAGGGUUUGUUCAAAAUAAGGUCAUGAUGUCCUUAACCACUUUUUGGAUGUUCAUCAUAGAGUAUAGGACCGCUUCAAUUGUACGUGCACCUCCUUCAUCUUUUCUGUAUAUAUGAACAAGGAGACGCAAUAAUAUUUCUUGUCGAUAUUGUUGCUGCUGUUCGUGAAAUCCCACUAGAGUUCUCAUC